GGCAAUGUCUCACUGGGCUGGUCUCCUCUCCACCGCUGCCAAAGUCAGCCUGCUGGUCUUGGUGGUUUCUGCGGUGUUUUCCCGGUCAAGCCUAAGCGACAGAGUUCCCGAGUUUGCCCUUACAAAAAUAGAAGAGAGCGACAUAAAAGAUGACAGCGGGAAAGAGCCAGUAACAGAAGAUGAUGCUGAUCCUGAAGAUCUGGAAGUGUUUUACCCCACACAUCAGUGGCAAACCAUCCGUCCAGGUCAAGCUGUUCCUGCAGGGUCACACGUACGAUUAAAUCUGCAGACGGGAGACAGAGAAGCCAAGCUCCCAGAUAGCGAAAAUGGAAAAAGUGACGCGAGAGAAGAGAGACGAAGAAAAAGGCUGGGCAAGGUGGAUGUUGACUCAAAUUCUUUCACAUCCCAGGAGCUCAAAAAGGCGUUGGCUAAAAUGAAGGAAAGUGAGAAGGCAGAAAGAAAGGCCCACGAGGAAGAGGUGAGGAAGAAGUUCCGGCCCAUAGAGCAGCUGAAGGAGGAGUUUGAAAAGCUGAACGUGAAGAUGGAAACAGAUUAUGAAAUUAUGGUUAAAUUAAUUGGCAAAUUCAACAGCUCUGAUUCCACGCUGGAUGAAAAAGUAGCGGCGCUUUAUGAUCUUGAAUAUUAUGUUCACCAGGUGGACAACGCCAAGGACUUCCUCUCCAUGGGUGGACUCCAGCUUGUGAUCGACGGGCUGAACAGCACCGAGGCCGUGCUGAAGGAGCACGCUGCCUUCGUCCUGGGAGCCGCGCUGUCCAGCAACCCCAAAGUCCAGAUAGAAGCAAUCGAGGGGGGCGCGCUGCAGAAGCUCCUGGUUAUUCUGGCUACAGAACAACCCCUGCCUGUCAAGAAGAAGGCUCUCUUUGCACUGUCCUCCAUGCUGAGACACUUCCCCUACGCCCAGCAGCAGUUCCUCAAGCUGGGCGGACUCCAGGUCCUCAGGAGCCUCUUCAGGCAGAAGGGGAUGGAGACCCUCCACGUCCGUGUGGUGACGCUCCUCUACGACCUCAUCGUGGAGAAG